AUGGCUUCCACGCCAUCGCCCGCGCCCGCCGCCGCCGAGCUUCCCUCAACACCUCCUGCCCCCAGAUUCGGCAGUUACUACGACAACUGGGAGCCCUACCAACCUCGCAAGUCAGCCAGGAUCGCAAACAGGAGUGCAAACAGAACGCCUUCCCCGUCAGCAAGUCACCGAAGGCUCGACAGUGCCGUUCACAAACAGCAGCAGCCUGCCAAGACCACCUCUGUCCCCAAGCGCCGCCUACCAUCAACAACAUCCGCACCAACAGACAACAUGGACUCGCAAGGCACUUCACCUGCCCCCAAGAGGUCGGCCAAGCCUGUUGCCUCUGCCUCCUCAUCUAGAAUGCUUCCUACGCCUACUAAGACGCCGCGGAAGCCGCCGACGGCCAAGCAGACAGCUGAGCUUGACUCAGUUAGACGUGACAUUUUCUCGCCGUCACUGAGCAGCCGUGCAGCUCGCACUCCUAAGAAGAUUUCGGGCUCGACCCUUGAGAGCUUUCUGGCCGAAGAGGUAGCCCAGGACUUUACCAUCUUCAGCGACAGCUGCAACCGCAUCCCCGAGAAGGACGAGAGCAACCCAUUCUACAACCCUCGCCCUUCCAAGCAGACCAAGGCCCAGGGCAAGCGUAAGCAUGUCAGGAUCCCUGGAGAGGGUAUGGAGUCAAUUGAAAAGGCUGCUGGCCGUGAGGACGGACUUCUCAUGAACUUCCGUGGAAAGACAAUUUACCGACCGCUUAGCAAGCCCGGCAACGAUGAGUCGGAAGACGCUGAUGAGCUCGCCGACGAAAGGUCUUUCUCCAAGCGGAAGCUCGAGCCCAGGCUGCUGUUCCCCAAGGAGUCGAUGCAGGAGAAGGUUGUAAACCCCGAGGAGGAAGAGGUGACAGACAUCGAGGACGGGAACCUGGACUCGGAACCGCCCAGUCCCGACACGCCUCCCAGGACCCGCAAGAUUCCCAACGCUCCCAAGUUCCCGGCAUCGCCUCCACCCACUCAACGGACCACGCGGUCCGCCGACAAGCUGGCCAGUGCUAAGCGCGCUACUCAGCCUGUCCUCAACUUUGGGUCUGUGGCUAAGUCUCACAAGUCUUCCGCGACGGCUACUAAGCGCUCUGGUGAGCCCCUAGGCCGGGAUGCGCCCAAGAGGAGCCGUACUGAGGCCUAA